AUGGUGUGCAAACAACAGGAUGCUUUGAAUCCAUCAAAGUGUUCGGUAAUAUCGUUCUCACGCAAGCGUUCGUCGAUAAUCUUCGAAUAUAAGCUGCAUGGUGUUAAAUUGGAUCGUGUCAGUACCAUUAAGGACCUCGGCGUUAUGCUGGAUUCGAAACUCACUUUUCGCGACCACGUAUCCUAUAUCAUCGCUAAAGCGUCCAGAACACUUGGAUUUAUCUUCCGCGUCACAAAGCGAUUCAAGGACGUGCACUGCUCGUUGGUUCGCUCGAUUCUAGAGUAUGCUUGUGUUGUGUGGUCGCCGUACUACCAAAAUAGUGUUCAUCGAAUUGAGUCGAUCCAGCGGAAAUUCAUCCGAUUCGCACUACGAAAUUUACCAUUUACCAAUUUACCAAACUAA